CUCUCUCUUCCUGGUGGCCGCCAUUUCCUCCGGUGCUGGUGUAGAAAGUCCUAGUAUUAGCGGCCGCUUGGUGUUUAUCGCUUCUCCCCGGGGCCCCCAGACUAAUGUGCGGCCCCAGCCGGGAGGAGCAUGUUCCCUAACUCCCCCAGUGUGGGCCGCAGUCCGCACCCCUCCAUACAGCGUCACACCGGGGAGCUCCUCAGCACAGUGCCGCUGGCUGUGCCCCCCGAGCUGCUGCACGCCCACCUCACCUACCAGAAAAAUGCCAACCUCUCUAGGAUGCUGAUGAGUGGGAAUGUCCUGACGAUGCCCUCGCAGCCAUGGUCUUAUGGGAAUCGCACCCCCUUAGUCAGUCCGGGAUCCUCACCUUCCCAGUUCCAGAACAGGAAGAGGAGAAGUGAUGAGGGAAUUGAUCAAUAUGAUCUGAAGAGGCAGAGGUUCCAGUCCCCUCCACAGCCACCUUCUAUCUUUCAGCAGUCAGUGCCUUUCAGCGAUGACCUCUAUUACUCCUUUUCAGGGAUGCCAUUGAGGCAGUCCCCUCAGAUCCCUGAUGUAAAUGGUCGUGUUCCGUCUUCAGGAGACUCUUGGUUGUUUGAAGAAGUAGAAACCACUUUGCCUGUUGCUAAUGACAAGCUGAGUCAGCAGAUUCUGGACUUGUUUCAAGCUUGUCAGCAGCAGAUCUCUGACUUGAAGAAGAAAGAUAUUUGUCGGGCAGAACUCCAGAGGGAAAUUCAGCAAAUAUUUCCCCAGAGCAGGCUGUACCUGGUUGGCUCAUCACUUAACGGGUUUGGCACAAGGAGCAGUGAUGCAGAUUUGUGUUUAGUAAUAAAAGAUGAGCCGAUGAAUCAGCAAACAGAAGCCAGACAUAUACUCAGCUUACUCCAAAAACACUUCUACACUAGACUUGGAUAUAUUGAGAGACCUCAACUGAUCAGAGCAAAAGUGCCAAUUGUAAAGUUCAGGGACAAAGUCAGCGGCGUGGAGUUUGACUUGAAUGUAAACAAUGUUGUGGGAAUCAGAAAUACAUUCCUUCUAAGAACCUAUGCACGUGUAGAGAACCGUGUUCGUCCAUUAGUGCUUGUUGUUAAGCGAUGGGCCGGUCAUUAUGGUAUAAAUGAUGCCAGUCGGGGAACCUUAAGCAGCUAUAGUCUCGUUUUAAUGGUUUUGCACUAUUUACAAACUCUACCUGAACCAGUUCUUCCAUCUCUACAAAAAAAUUAUCCAGAAUGUUUUAACCCUGCUAUGCAGUUGCACCUUGUCCAUCUUGCUCCUCGCAAUAUCCCUUUAUAUGCAUCCAAAAAUGAAUCAAGCCUAGGUGACCUUCUUGUGGGAUUCUUGAAAUACUUUGCCAUCGAGUUUGACUGGAAGAACAAGAUGAUUUCUGUUCGUGAAGGCAAAGCUGUGCACAGAACAGAUGGCAUUGAAUGGAGGAACAAAUACAUCUGUGUGGAAGAGCCAUUUGAUAGAACAAACGCCGCUAGAGCUGUACAUGAAAAACCGAAAUUUGACAUGAUUCAGGAGGAGUUCAUGAAGGGUUGGGUGAGAUUGAGAGACAACAAAGAUCUCAACAGUGUGCUGCCUCUUCAGAGAAUUAUUGGAAAGCAGAAAUGAUGCGUCUUUUAUAGAUGGACAUUAAAAAAACUUUACUUUUCCUCUGCAAUAUGCCUACACCUCAGACUUUAAUGAAUUUUUUUAACCCUCGAUAUAAAUUGUAAAACAGAAAAAUAACUUAGAAAAGGUUAGGUUUCUUUGUGUGCACAGUACGUUCCUUUCGUAUUGUACAUUUUGCUGUUUAUGUAUCUGAGGGAGAUUGCUGAAACGUGAUUUAAUAUAUACAUGAGUGAGGCCAUUGCUAUCUUUUCCUUGUGAGAAAUUCUAGAAUUGCACUACACACUGAUCAAAUGUUCUUCUCCUGGCCUGCGCAAAUCUGUGGCUUUCCUUUGGCAGCGUACUACACAUCAAUGUUAAUAUAAGCUUGAAUAUGUUACCUCAUUAGCUGCUCCUUUCUUUUUAAAUACUUGUUCCAGGGUUUUUGUCAAUGGAGAUUUCCACUUAGUUUAUUUUUCAAAGCCCUAGUAUUCUUCGUUCAGGAAAGGAAAAAAACCUGAAAAGUGAUAUAAAAUUUUUUGGGAAGUUUUCUAUCUGCAUGAACAGGUAUCAACUUUUAUAUAGGUAAUAUGAAAUACUGUAGAGGGCUAAAGGAUAAACUACCCAAAUGCUGUGCCGACGCCUUGACUGAAUUCACUAUGUGUUGUCUUUUACGUGACUUUCCUCCAUCUUGGGGUCCAUUGAAUCUUACAUGUUCCCUGUUAAGGUAAAUGCCCUGGUCUGUUCCAUUUAAAGUGAUCUCUCCAGCUUAUCCAGCAUGUCUGUUUUAGUAACCUCUGCAUCAGUAUGAACAGGGUCACUGUGUAGAGAUACACCCAAUGAUCAAGCGUAAUAGUAAUGCCUAGUUAGUACAUACAUUUCCAGGAGGAGUAAUAGAGGAUAGGCGCAAUGCAGAGUUCUUAAAAAGUACCAGCAUUGUUUCUUGGGGAUACAAGGAUUUCCUAAAACGGACAUGUCAGGAGUGCUGACAACUUGCAUUUACUUAGGAUUUUUGGAUGAAAGCUUUUUCCAUUAUCUCAUAAUUAUUACCAGGAAAAAACUACUUAAGCACCAGUUCCCCCAGAAAUGUAGUAGUAUGUUAUUGCUGCUAAAAUGGUUCAUCCCCACACCCUUAUUUUGUUGUAUAUAUACUUUAUAUGUAUUCAUUAAUAUAUUUUUAAGUGACAGGGAGAUCAUGAAAAUGUUACUGCUGUUCCUGAUUACUUGCGUCAGUUUUCUGUAAGGACCUUCCAUAUUGGGGGUGUGUGUCCCUCGGCACUGUCCUAUACUGCCCAGGAGGGCUGACCAGUCCUGAGUGGUGUUUGCUUCUGACCCGUUAUAGCACGGACUUCUGUCAAUCUGUUGAUGGUCAUUUUUAAUUUUGUUGUUGCAGAGUUCUGUAAACUUGUUCCUUGUUUUCUUUUGUACAUUGUCACUCAGAAUAAAAUUUCUGUAAAACA